UUGACUUAGUCUUUUAUUCUUUGCGUUUAACAGAAUUCCCUAGUAUCUUAAUAUAAGUCUUCUAUUAUGUGAAUUAAACAGAUGGGUGCGAAUUAAAUUAUUCUACCUACCAUCGAAAUCUCUAUAUUUUCUUUUUCAUAAUCGAUAUUCAAGAAUGCUAAUUAAGCAUAGAGAAGGAUGACAGGCUCUUGGAAUCCAACGAGUAUCAUCAUCCCUGUUACACUUUCCUUUCUCCUCUCAUUCAUUCACAAUUUUGCGGACGUGGUUGCAGCUCCUACUAGGCACUUGUGUCUUCCCGAACAAAGGGAUGCACUUCUCGAACUCAAGAACGAGUUUGAGAUUGGGAAGCCUUCCUCUAAUGAUUAUUGCUAUCGCAAUAAUAGCCGUGUAAGCCCUCAUCCGACGACAGAGUCAUGGAGGAAUAACAGCGACUGUUGUAAUUGGGAGGGUAUCACGUGUGAUACCAAGUCCGGGGAAGUGAUCGAGCUCGACCUUAGCUGCAGCUGGCUCUAUGGCAGCUUUCAUUCCAAUAGCAGUCUUUUUAGGCUUCAAAACCUCCGUGUUCUAGACCUUACUCAAAAUGAUCUUGAUGGUGAAAUCCCUUCUUCAAUCGGAAAUCUUUCUCAUCUCACCUCUCUCCACCUAUCUUAUAAUCAGUUUUUGGGUCUGAUUCCUUCUUCAAUUGAAAACCUUUCUCGUCUCACCUCCCUCCACCUGUCUUCUAAUCAGUUUUCAGGUCAAAUCCCGUCCUCAAUUGGAAACCUUUCUCAUCUCACAUCUCUCGAGCUUUCUUCUAAUCAGUUUUCGGGUCAAAUCCCGUCUUCAAUUGGAAAUCUUUCUAAUCUCACCUUUCUCAGUCUCCCUAGUAAUGAUUUCUUUGGUCAGAUUCCAUCUUCGAUUGGGAACCUUGCUCGUCUCACCUAUCUCUACCUUUCUUACAACAAUUUCGUUGGUGAAAUCCCAUCUUCUUUUGGCAAUCUAAACCAGCUGAUCGUCUUACAGGUUGAUUCCAAUAAGCUCAGUGGAAAUGUUCCCAUCUCACUACUGAAUUUGACGAGGUUGUCUGCUUUAUUACUUUCCCACAAUCAGUUCACAGGCACGAUUCCUAAUAACAUCAGUUUACUAUCAAACUUGAUGGACUUUGAAGCAAGUAACAACGCUUUCACUGGAACUCUCCCUUCUUCUCUCUUCAACAUUCCUCCUUUGAUUAGACUUGAUUUGAGCGAUAACCAACUCAACGGCACUCUUCAUUUUGGGAAUAUAUCUUCACCAUCUAACCUACAAUACCUUAUCAUUGGCAGCAACAACUUCAUAGGGACAAUCCCGAGAUCUCUUUCCAGAUUUGUCAACCUCACGCUUUUUGACCUUUCCCAUUUAAACACCCAAUGUCGCCCAGUUGACUUUAGUAUCUUCUCGCAUCUCAAGUCGCUUGACGAUCUUAGGCUAUCCUAUUUGACCACCACUACGAUUGACUUGAACGAUAUCUUACCAUAUUUCAAGACGCUCCGUUCAUUGGAUAUCUCAGGCAACCUUGUUUCAGCCACAAACAAGUCUUCAGUUUCUUCAGAUCCUCCUUCGCAAUCGAUACAAUCUUUGUACUUGUCAGGAUGCGGUAUCACCGAUUUUCCAGAGAUCCUAAGAACACAACACGAAUUGGGGUUUCUAGACGUUUCCAACAACAAAAUCAAAGGUCAAGUUCCUGGCUGGUUAUGGACGCUACCAAACUUGUUCUACUUGAAUCUUUCCAACAACACUUUCAUCAGUUUUGAAAGCUCGUCGAAGAAACAUGGACUCUCCUCUGUCCGGAAACCAUCUAUGAUUCACUUGUUUGCCUCCAACAACAACUUCACGGGCAAGAUUCCUUCUUUCAUAUGCGGGUUGCGUUCUCUAAACACUCUGGAUUUAUCUGAAAACAACUAUAAUGGUUCAAUCCCUCGUUGCAUGGAAAAACUCAAGAGUACUCUUUUCGUUCUAAACCUUCGUCAAAAUAAUCUGAGUGGAGGUCUUCCAAAGCAUAUAUUUGAAAGCCUAAGGUCGCUUGACGUCGGUCAUAACCUACUGGUGGGAAAGCUUCCAAGAUCUUUGAUCCGUUUCUCUAAUCUUGAAGUUUUGAACGUGGAAAGCAACAGAAUCAACGACACGUUUCCGUUCUGGUUGAGUUCUCUGUCGAAGUUACAAGUUCUUGUAUUACGCUCCAAUGCAUUCCAUGGACCAAUACAUGAAGCCACAUUCCCUGAGUUGCGAAUCAUUGACAUAUCACAUAAUCACUUCAAUGGAACUUUGCCAACAGAGUACUUUGUGAAGUGGAGUGCUAUGUCAUCACUUGGAAAAAACGAAGACCAGUCUAACGAAAAGUACAUGGGAUCAGGCCUUUACUACCAAGAUUCAAUGGUUUUGAUGAAUAAAGGUUUAGCGAUGGAGCUGGUACGUAUUCUAACAAUCUACACAGCACUCGACUUUUCCGGAAACAAAUUUGAAGGAGAGAUUCCAAAGUCCAUUGGUCUAUUGAAAGAGCUUCUCGUGCUCAACUUGUCAAACAAUGCUUUUGGUGGCCACAUCCCAUCAUCUAUGGGGAACCUGACAGCUCUCGAGUCAUUGGACGUUUCCCAGAACAAGCUUACAGGAGAGAUUCCACAAGAGCUAGGGGACCUUUCGUUCCUUGCGUAUAUGAACUUCUCUCAUAACCAGCUUGCAGGCCUAGUACCAGGAGGUACGCAGUUUCGAAGGCAAAAUUGCUCUGCCUUUGAGAAUAACCUGGGACUUUUUGGCCCUUCUCUUGACGAAGUCUGCAGAGAUAAACAUACGCCAGCAUCACAACAGAAUGAAACGACAGAAACAGAGGAAGAAGACGAAGAAGAGAUAAGCUGGAUAGCAGCCGCAAUAGGAUUCAUACCUGGAAUUGUCUUUGGAUUAACGAUUGGAUACAUAUUGGUUUCCUACAAACCAGAGUGGUUCAUGAACCCUUUUGGCCGAAACAAUCGUCGACGCAGAAACACCACCACCCACUAGAGAGGCUUAUAACCUAUCUGAAUAAUCUGGAAGAGGAAAGUCAAAGUAACCGGACGAACUCCUUGACGUUAACCAACCACUCUUUUAGCCAUUUUCAAAUCCAGAUUGUUUCCGGUUUAGCUUGUGUUUUUCUCUUCUACUCUGUUUUUAGCCAACUUUGUAAUUGAACAACUCUGUUUUUCGCUCUUUAGAUGUACAUGUAAAGUUGUUUUUUCCCGCGAGUUUGUUGUUAUCAUUUCUUUCCCCAUUGCACUCUCGUAUCUAAAAAUGUAUGUCUAUUUGUUC